CUAUCAUCAUCCAGUUCAGUUCAAUGUUUGCCGCCGGAAUAGCUGGAUGAGUAGUGGAUGGACGGACAGAUGGAAGGGACGACCGUGAGUUCGGGAUCGUCAAAGUUGCCUAGUUUAUAAAACAUCAUUCAUGGAAGAGUCGUAUCAUAUUGACACGAUUGAUUAGCGGUUGCCGGUUGUUGAAAAUAAUAAGCAAAGUGUUUAGAGGACGCAAUACUACAACCCGAUGACGUCCCGGUCUGUAAGAUUGAUCGCGUUGGACUGAACCAGUGCACGUUGUUUCUGUGGUGGUUUCGAAGUGAACACUUGAGUCCGGUUUGUACCGAGUGGUUGAGAUUCCUGUGGCCGGGAUUAGAGUGCUCUUGAAGUGAAGUGAUUUGGAAUAUCUGGAUUGAACAUGCCUAAAUUCAGCGGACCGAACUGGUUUUCGAAGCCCCAGUCGCGGAAAAAGUCCAAAGGUCCUCCGCCGUCGAAGGGAGUCACUUUGGUAAGUUUUGCCGACGAGGAACAACCGCCUGGAUCUGGUGGUCCGGUACCACCGCAAAAAUCGCCCCGGAAGCACCACAAUCGACACCAUCCCGGUGGUAAGUCCCCGCAACCGAGUCAGGUGUCGUGGGCGAGCAGUGAAGCAGGAGGAAAAGGAGGAGGCAGUGGAAGUGGAAGUUCUUCGUCUCGAAGUGCAGGAGGGGCAGAGGGAAUCUUUUCCCGGCAGAGCAGCAUCCGACAGAGCGCAACCAGCCAGCGAAGUGGUUUUUCCUCGUCGGGACCCAGCAGGAGGCCGCCGCCAGUGAGACGACCGAAGAGAGCGAUGGCCGAUACCGAGAAGGAGGAAGCUGUGAACUUGCAAGUGGAGUUCGAGUGGGUGCUGCACGAAGAGGUCCACAAAGUGCUGAAACAGCUGCACGAAAUUCUGGUGGAAUGUGCCCAUCGGUUUCCGGUUCCACUGUACGGAAAUGAAGGCAAAAAGCAGGACAAGUUCGUGCUGACGGCCCCACCGGAGCAACUGAAAUGCGUCGUCACCUUGACCGGCGAUAGUAUAACUCAUGCGGACAUCAACUUCAAGGUGCAACGGCAGCAGCAGCAAACCCAGCGAACCACCAUCACCCAGGACUACCCGUGGAAGAUCCAACAGGUGCAGGACGCUGCCAACCACCUUCAGCAAGCAAUAAACCACAUCGACAACGUGGAUAGUUCGUACAAUUUCAAAACCUCCGACGAGGUCCUGCACAUCCUGGGGAACAUUUUGGGAGCGCUACAGCGAGGUCGCACCUCCCUGGUUGUUCCGCGGAAAAAGCCCAUCGAUGAGCUGAUGAAGAGCCGCAACAUGAAGGCUCUGUCGCCCAAUCUGCCGGAAGAUUUGGCCAUCAGCUUCUACAUCCAGAGCCACAAGUUGAUCUUCGUGGCCUACCAGCUGACCAACUUCCAGGGUACGAUGAAGUUCGAUUCCUGCCAGGCCGAGUGUUCCGUACCGUGGCUGAACGAGGUGCUAGUGCUGUUCACGGUGGCGCUGCAACUGUGCCAGCAACUUAAGGAUAAGAUUUCAGUAUUCUCUCAGUACAAGGAUUUCACAGUUGGUUCUCGAUCGGCAUCCGCAAUGUCCUACUGAUUGGACCAUUCGCCGGCGGCGGAUUCGCUGGUACUGUGCCGGGCUUAAUUGAGGGUGGAAAUUUUUGGAAUCUUUGGUUCGUCGGAUUCAGUUCAAUUUUCAAAAUUCCUUCGAUUUCCACCAUCAGUUGCGGUGUUGUUGCGGCAAAACAAGCUCCUCGGUUUUUAGAUCAAGACAAGCUGGAUACGUGGACAUAUAGUGAAACCCUCGAUCCUACUGUAGUUGUUAAGUCCAUAUACCAUUCACCACCCACAUUUAGGAGGACAGUGGCGUAGUUCAAACGAAGAAGAAAAAAACUAGAACUUAGUGCUCGUAACGGAAAAAAAGCAGAGAAUUUGGUCGUCGCCGACCGUUGUUGAAAAUGUUUUGAUGUUUGUUGAUAAAUUACUAGGUACUCGUGCUGUUAUCGGCGAAUGUCCACGCGGUAGUCGCAGGAUGAUUCAUCGGCGGAGCUUCCCGGAGAGUCCCCGUAGCUGUGCGUUCCAUUGCAUGUGGCGUUUUAUCAACUGGAGAACUACCAGACGGCAUGCGGAAUGGACAGACGGCCGACCGAUAACAACACAAUUAGAUAAGCAAAAAAGUACGAGGAAGAAAAAAAAGGAACAGAAGAAGUGAAUUAAUGUUUAAGAGUACUUAACGAGUCGUAAGUAAACUGAAAUAAUGAAAUCGUAUAGUGGCAAAUAUUUACUCAACCUUGUGUGUGUGUACGUGUACAAGCGGAACGUAGCGUCGUACGGGAUUGUUCCGCUUUUCUGAGGCGUCCACUCUCCGGUCGGCAGCCGGUCGGUGAUUGCAAGGGGACCGACGAGAUAUGCAAUCAAUCACGAUCGAUCAAUGAAUGGAUGGAUCUCGUGUGGAUGGGUGAGUGAAGGCGUAGUUGUACGCCUUCGGUGGUAGGAAUCUCGAAAUGUCGCAAUUUUAUGCUUGAAGACCCUAUCGCCGAUCGGAGAGUACGGACAGUGAACUGUGAAAUAUAUAUAUGUAGUUUAGGCAAGCAAAAACUAGCAACUGUUUGAACGCGGUAGCAGUACCUACCUUUACAAAAUUCUGAGCAAAAGAAAUGAAAUUGGCAACUUAAAGGUUUUAAACUGUUCUAUAUUAGUAGGCUUUUAAUUUAAAAAUAUAUUUAUUUUGAUUAUUCAUCA